GCGGCCGCCACUUAAUUAUCUGGCGGCCGCCACUUAAUUAUCUGGCGGCCGCCACUUAAUUAUCUGAUACCCAGUUUGCGGUAGGUUACGGUAUAACCUUACUUGAUGCAGAACAGGCACCAGCUUCGUAAACGUAGGACACUCUCACUAAACAGUAGGCAUAUAUGGAUGUGGCAGCACUGUACUUUAAUUUGGGACUUUCAUACAAAGAGAUAUUGCGAGCUCUCGCACUCAAUCAUGGCUGCGUUAUUAGCAUGAGCACUCUGAAAAGAUGGUUGUCAACUCAAAACCUCUUUAGAAGAAAGAAUUACGCUGAUGUUUUGGAUGUGGCUCUGUUUAUUAGUGAACAACUGAAAGAAUCUGGUGGAUUGCAUGGAUACAGGUGGAUGCACUUAAAGUGCAUUCAAGCAGGUUUAACUAUUCCUCGAAAAGUAGUCCAUUCUCUUCUUCAAAUACUGGACCAAGAUGGUGUAAAUUUGAGAAGAAGAGGUAGGCUUAAAAGGAGAGCAUAUUUUGCCAAGGGGCCAAACUUUCUUUGGCAUUUAGACUCUUAUGACAAACUAAAGCCAUUUGGCUUAUGUAUAAAUGGCUGCAUCGAUGGAUUUUCUAGGCAGCUGAUGUGGUUAAAUGUUCAUUCAACCAGUAGUGAUCCGCGAGUUAUUGGUGGCUACUAUAUGGAAGUUGUCAAUUCACUGAAGGGAUGUCCCACCAUGAUACGAGGUGAUAUGGGAACAGAAAAUGGUCAUGUUGCUCGUAUGCAGGAAAUUCUAUCUGGAAAAGACAGCUUUUUAUAUGGCAAGAGCAUGCACAAUCAAAGAAUAGAAAGUUUCUGGAGCAUUCUACGAAAAGAAUGUACUCAAUUUUGGAUUGAUGAACUUAAUACACUGAAGAAUGGAUCAUUUACUGGAGACUUCAUUGACAUGAAUCUUGUGCAGUUUUGUUUCACCAAGGUGGUACAGAAUGAUUUAGAUCGUGUUGUUUCUGUUUGGAACUGUCACAACAUUCGACGAAGCAAAAAUGAGAAUGUUCCGCAUGGAAGGCCUGUUGUAAUGUACACUAUGCCACUGCUAUAUGAAACAAGGGAUUACUUGAUUGCAACAGAACAGACUGAUAUAGAUGCAUGCUGCAAUGCAUGUACAUUCAGGGAAGGAAUUCCAUGUGAUCCAGAAAUGUAUGAAUUACUCGAAAUUUUGAAGGUUCACCAUGGACUCGAAUCACCUGCAGAUGUACACCAGGCAUUGGAUUUGUAUCAUACGCUGCGACCUAUUGUUUUGCAUGCAUUUAAUGAGCUGUAAACCAUUUCUCAAUGAAGGGAGACAAUUUCCGGCUCACACAGUUUCUGAAUAAGCCCACUGUCUGCCCUGCAUCAUCCCCGACCUCAUAAUUGUUAAAAAAAAAAAAAAAAAAAAAAAGAAGAGAUAUAGUAUCAAUACUAUAAUUCUAUAAAAAAAAAAAAAAAAAAAAAAAAAAAAAAAAAAACACCCUAUAAUUUAUAACUAUUGGUCGAAGCAUAUGAUACAAAUCCAAUAUUACUUUUCUCUGGAUUACAUCGUUUCUGCAAUGCGAAGUUUGAUCGAUGUCAGUCAUAAACAUGGUUGUUUAUUUCUUUGAUGUAAAUGCCAAUAAUCACUUAUUUUGUGGGAGUUCUAUAUUAUAAUAUUCAGACAGAUCUCAUGAGUGGAUUUCCUGCACGAUAAAUAAUCGUAAUGGUACUGUGUUUAUUUGGUCAGGCGUUUGUGCCUGAAACAGGUCAUUCUGUUCAAAGAAGCCUUUAUACAGUAUGGAGAAAGUGUACCUUUUUAGCAAGAUUUGCCUAGGUUGAAAAACUCCGACUAUAAAAUUGAUUUGAUGAUUACUUUCUGCAAGCACCACAACGUUCGGAAAUAAAAAUGAAUGGAAUGACUUGUUCAGAGAACCUUUCAGUCCCGUUGCGAUUUUUAAUCGUGCAGCAUUGUAUUUUCAAAAUAACAAUUCAUUCAAAGAAUGGAAUUGAUCUUGAUCCAACUAUAUGAUCCUUGUUUAUUGAACUUGAAAUUAAAUCAAGUAGAAAUAUCAUCA